CAAUGAUGGCCGCGUCCGUUUCCUGCCGGAGGCUCCGGGUCGGUGCACACUUCUCAGCGGCGGUCAUGUGAUGACCCUGGUUCGGCUGUCCGUCCUGUGACUGUGUGCAGCGGCGAGCGAAGACCAUGUUGCUGGUGCUGAGCGACGAGCACCGCGGGCACCUGCGGAUCCUCACCCAGGUGGAGAGUGCAGUUGUUGCAGAGUUUGGCAGAAUUGCUGUAGAAUUUUUAAGAAAAGGUUCAAAUCCAAAAGUCUAUGAAGGAGCUGCAAGGAAGCUGGAGGUCAGCAGUGCCACCAUUCAGCAGGCAGUGGAGGGGCUCACUUAUCUCCUUACAGAGAGUUCCAAGCUCAUGGUCUCUGACAUAGAUUUCCAGGACUCUGUGCUUGUUUUGGGAUUUCCUGAGGAUCUGAAUAAAGUUCUUCUCCAGUUGUACCUGGAUAACCGGAAAGAGAUCCGCCAAAUUCUCAGUGAGCUGGAACCAGAUCUUCCCAGUUACCAUAACCUGGAAUGGCGCUUGGAUGUCCAGCUUGCCAGCCGGAGCCUGAGGCACCAAGUGAAACCCACUGUAACAAUGAAACUUCAUCUCAAGCAGAAUGAUGAUCUCAAGACCAGCAUAUUGCAGACAGAUCCAGCCACAUUAAUCCACAUCAUCCAGGAACUGGAACAAGCCCUUGCAGAAAUGAAAACAAACCACUGCCGCAGAAUUGUGCGCAAUAUUAAAUAAACUGUCCAGCUUUGCCAUUUAACAUAGUAACAAAUGUAAUUCUUUUUUUCUGUAUUAACUUGAAAAUUCCUCGUUUACUGUUUAAUAACUGUUCAAAUUGAACUUCUGGACCAAUCUGAUGCACCAGCUUUCCAACUGGUGUCUAACUACAUCCCCGAGUAGUUGUGGCUGAUUUUAAUUCUGCUCCAACUAGAGAGCCACGUGCUGAUAAAAAUAGAGUGCAUUACAUAUUGCCCCUUGUGCCAUAAAAAUAACUUUUGUAACAUACUGCAAACUUGUAAAUAAACAGAUUUGUUAUCGUU